UAGAGACUCUCAUCUCGACAUUCAAAAGGAAGGAGCUGCAUUUUAGUACCGUUUUGCCACCAAUUUUUGACCAAUAUGCCUCGAUUGCCUUUUUUUUUCUUUUCUUCAUGCUUUUGUCGUGUGCACAUUGCUUGUAUACAAUAGAUUGCUUCUAUGCACAAGUAGAACAAAUUAGACUAGGACUGACAGCCGAUGUACCCCUGGUAUCGCAGCAAUGGAACGCCAUUAUCGCUGUCAACUAUGCUGCACGAAAGUUUGGCAUCACCCGCCUCCACCACAAUAUCUUUGACGCGAAGCAGCUCUGUCCAGAACUUGUCUGCGCCCAUGUAGCAACACUGGGACCUGGGGAUUCAAAGCCGGAUUACUAUCCUUCGCCGUCACGGUACACACACAAAGUCUCGCUGGACCCCUAUCGCAAGGCAUCCGCCAAAAUCUUCAAUGUAUUUCGAAGAUUCGCGCCCAAGUUUCAGAAGGGAGGAUUAGAUGAAGUGUUCAUGGAUGUCACAGAUAUUGUCAACCGAAGGAUCAUGGACCGAUACGGAGACGAUCUGUCGAAGUGGGAUUACGAUUCGGCCGAAAUGAUCGACUGGAAGAGGGACCAUUCAGACCUCGGAGUCGUUUUUGGUACGCCACGGGAUGGAGACUCCAAUGAGGGCACUGGCGGAACCGGGUAUCCAGACGAUGACGAUGAAGAUAUGGACGAGAGUUUAGAUGGCAUCCAGACGGACGAAAACGAGCAUGACAUGGAGAGCGAUAACGAGGUUGGGCCCGACAUUGGACACGGCAAUGGGAUUGGUCCAGAGGACGAUCAAGCAUUGGAGGACGACUUCGAUUUUGGCCUCGAGCAGUAUCUAGACAGUGAUUUUGAUGAUGUCUCUGCGAUCGCGCAAUCUAAUGAAGGGCUAGAGAACAAUGGUGAACCCUUUGAUAUGACUGCGAAGACAUCCGGAGCAGCUACUCCUCAGGCGCAGACACCUGUUCAUGCUAGCGGGCACGAAGCGACACUUCCCAUCGAGGAGAAAUCCGAAGAAGAGCUUAGGCGCUCAAAGGAGGCAGAGGAAGAACGAUUUCGACGAGAGAAGGAGCAGCUGCUUCCUUACUAUGGUAUCCCCGAAGGUACAUUUGAGGAAGAAUUCUGGGCCGAGAUGCAGCUGCUCGUCGCAGCAGAAUUCAGCAAAGAGGUACGUUAUGCCGUUCGAGAAGAACUCGGCUAUACCUGCUCUGCUGGCAUCGCGAACAACCGAUUGUUGGCCAAGCUUGGAUCUGGUAUGAACAAGCCCUUUCAACAGACGAUUGUGCUGCCGAAAUUUAUACCCGAUCUGCUUCAUGGAAUUAAGCUUUCAAAUAUCCGUAACCUGGGAGGCAAAUUCGGGAAGCAGGUCAGAGAAGACUACAACAUCGAGAGGGCAUCCCAACUAUGGCCCGUGCCCCUGCGACAACUGCAGGAACGAUAUGGCGAUCAAGCCGGUCUGGAACUCUGGCAAUGGUGUCGCGGGAUCGACCACGUCGGGGUUAGAAAAAUCAAGUCGAAAUCGAUGUGCUCCCACAAAUCGUUCAUCCCUGCCCUGAGUGAUUUGGAAGAGAUUCAGUUCUGGAUCACAUCUAUGAGCCUUGAGCUCGAGUCGCGAAUGCAGGCAGAGUACGAUGAGACGGAACGGUGGCCCCGGACGGUCUCUUUGGGUUUUUUUGGUGGACGACGGGCCCAGCAGGAUCAAAUGACACAGGAGCGCAAAUCGAGCUUUCGAGCACCCUAUAAAGGGUCAAGAUCCAUGCCCCUUGGAAGCCGAUUUGAGUAUGGAGGCGUCGAGGGCAUCGCGAGGAAGGUGAACGGCUUGCUGGAGAAGCUGAUCAAGGAGUCUGAGAGUGGAAGGGGACGCCCGGUUCUACCGCUGAUACUGUUGACGAUCACUGUAUCUAAUUUUUCUGAGGGGCAUGAGAGCGCGAUGGGCGAUAUCACAAAGUUCUUUUCCAAGACGUCGUCUCUACCGCAGCAGCCGCAUAAGCAAACACCGCCUGAACAACAGCAUUGGGAUGAAGCGAGCGGAGAUAAGGAGCAACAAACUACGCAGGUUGCUAAUACCGAGGAGAAGACAGAUAAAACAACCACUGUGACAUCGUCGGAGUCCAGGAUAACGGAUGCCAGGCGGCGUUUCUUUCAACCGCGAACGACCGCUAAGGAGAUCGAAGGGGUCUCAGCAAGGUCUCUCCCAAUCCCGGAAUCUCCCCGAUUGUCGCCUACGCUCGAGUAUCGAGAGAAAGAUGUAUCAAAGAGACCUACACGGACGCUCAUUUGCGAGCAGUGUCCAAGUCCUGGUCAACACAUUUUGAUUGAGGAGUGGGAGCAGCAUACGGACUAUCAUUUUGCACUCAGUUUACUGGAGGAUGACAGGAAGCAGCAGCAGAUCGCGCGGCAGCAACAGCAACAGCAACAGCAACAGCAACAGCAACAGCAACAGCAACAGCAACAGCAACAAAACCAAAACCAAAACCAAAAAAGCGUCAAUUGUCACCACCAAGGAUCAACAAGCGGCACCAAGCGCAGUUCGCCUGCUUCCUUACAUCGAGGAAAGCGCAAGAAAGCAGAGUCAUCGUCAUCGUCAUCAUCAUCAUCAUCGUCAUCUUCAGCUUCAGCUUCCUCCGCGACUCCAAUUGCAAAGUUCUUUAGGCCUAAACCGAAUUGAAGCUGAUUGCUUUUCGCUUUUGUUUUUAGACAGCAACCUAUACUUUGUAAAGUAGUAAACACAUUGUAACAUAUUGUACAUGCACAUUCACAUUCCAGGUAGCCACCGCAGCAGAUCAAGAAGAGUGUAAUGGCUAUGGUUUUAUUUUUUUUAUUUGUAAUCUGUCUUUAAAGAAUGGUGCAUUCACCCUUCUUUU